GUACUCCAGCACGACAACACUCGCCAAAUUGCCGACGCGCGACCAGAAGACCUUCAAAAUGGCCUCUACCGCUGUCACCGUUCCUACUAAGGACCAGGUCCUUGUCCCCGAGACCCUCUUGAAGAAGCGCAAGAGCCAGGAGCAGGCUCGCGCUAUUCGCCGUGAGGAGCUCGAGAAGCGGAAGAAGGCGAACAAGGAGAAGCGUGGUGUCAUUUUCAAGCGCGCUGAGUCCUACGUCAAGGAGUAUCGCGAUGCUGAGCGUGAGAAGAUCCGCCUCGCUCGCGUUGCCCGCCAGGAGGGUAGCCUCUACGUUCCUGAGGAGCCCAAGCUGGUCUUUGUUAUCCGUAUCAAGGGUAUCAACAAGAUCCCUCCUAAGCCCCGCAAGAUCUUGCAGCUGCUCCGUCUGCUCCAGAUCAACAACGGAACCUUCGUCCGCCUCACCAAGGCCACUCAGGAGAUGCUUACCAUCGCCAACCCGUACAUUGCCUAUGGUUACCCCAACCUGAAGAGCGUCCGGGAGCUCAUCUAUAAGCGCGGCUACGCUAAGGUUGACAAGCAGCGCAUCCCCAUCACCGACAACCAGAUCAUUGAGGAGCACCUCGGCAAGUACGGCAUUGUCUGCGUUGAGGAUUUGAUCCACGAGAUCUACACGGUCGGCCCCAACUUCAAGCAGGCCAACAACUUCCUGUGGCCCUUCAAGCUGUCCAACCCCACUGGCGGCUUCCACACCCGCAAGUUCAAGCACUUCAUCGAGGGUGGUGACUAUGGCAAUCGCGAGGAGAACAUCAACGGGCUGAUCCGCCAGAUGAACUAAGCUGGACGUUUACGGGUUUGUGGCUAUUAAUGGUUAAAACUGAAUGAAAAAUAGCCUUUUUAUGUUUGUAGUUGUAUUCUUUUAUAUUAUUGUAUACGGGCCAACUCUGGUGUGAUAGGUGGAAUAGCCCACCUGAGAGUAGUGAAGUCGAGUAAUAAGGUGUUGUUGUCAAGAGAAGCAACGACGAUGUAGGGCUGGUGGGUAGCAUCAUGAUCCUAGUCAGACUUAGCAGGCGCCUAGUGUGUUUCUACUGUCUUGGGAUUGUGAUUUGUACCAAUCUAUGCUCCGUACGGAAUACAGAAUAUCACCUCAUUUCGGUUAGUAAUGACUUCAAGACUGAAAAGACUCAGG